AUGGGCUGGGACCAGCACCCCCAGCGUCGUCCCCGAGGAUCUUCGCCCUCCUUUGCCCGACUCCUGAACACCACCAACACCACUAGUACUACUACUUUCAACCAGAAGAACCAUGUAGAGCCACAUGGCCGCGCUCUUCUGCCCUUUACACCGCGACUGCACGACUCCCUUGUCACCCGAUUCCUGAGCGGGCCCAUCGCUACUGUCCGCGGCGUCGGCCGCCCUCGCGUCGCCAACGCUGCGUUGUUUAGAAUCACCACCACGACAACUCCUACAACCACCACCACAACAACUACCUCUUUCACGAAAACUGCUACUACUACUACACCAGUCAAAGCAUUCCUCACGCGAAUCCGCCCCGUGUCUACUGCAACCACGCUCAUCACCGUCAACGGGCUCAGCGAGCAGACAACACCAGACCCGCCGAAUUAUUUCGUAUCCAUGCCCGCGUCUGACUCUCCGGCGACGAUCACGACCACAAACAGGUCUCCCUCGAACGCCUUUUCUUCUUCGACAUCAUCUUCGACUUCUUUUUCUUCUACAUCCCCGACCACCACGUCCUCGGCUAGUGCGUCGCUCAGGUCGCUAACCAAAAAGUUUUCGGCGCCGCAGCUGUCGAGAUCGACUUCGUCGGGAGAGCUGGAUAAUAAUAACAACAACAACAACAAUACAGUGCCCCGCCUGGUCAAGACGCCUGCAGAUACGAAUCCCGUCACACCGCUCAACAGCCAGGACGAGGCCUCGCGCGCGUCCACCAUCUUUCGUCGUCUGUCCCCUGGACUCGCUGCGCGAGUCAAGUUGUUGAACGGGUCGAGCGACACCACCGCGUCAACUGUCCCCGGAAAACUCAAAGGCGGCGGCGGAGGAGGAGGUGGUGGAGGAGGAGGAGGUAUCGGCCGGAUCCCCGAAGACCAUCUACGCGAACUGGACAGUCAGCACCGUGAUCUGUCCAUCAAAGUCGAAAAACGAGGUCGUAUUUGGGGAGGCACCUUACCCCUGCUCAAGAGAGAACGGAGUGCACCCGACUUGCUCGAGUCACCGACAAAGACACACGCCACAGAAAAAGACUGGGACGAAAAAGAGUUACAAAAAGAGACACCGCAGAAACGUACACAGAAAAUCAAUUCCUUCAUCCAACAAUUCUCCCAACCCACGGCCCAACCCACGCUUCCUGCCGCCGAGGUUGCUACCUCGACUAUGGCGGCCGUCGAGCCUGCGAUAGCUGGAGGCGAUUCCGCCUCGAGACCUCACGAUGUCGGGUCAACGCCCGAAUCCAACGAUCUACAAGAGUACCUCAAGCGGUCGACUCAAGAUGAAGACCAACGUCCCGCGCCGCCACCAAAAGACACGCCGCCAGCACCCUCGACGCCUUCGUCGACAAACGCCCAGUCAUCAUAUUUUAACCCAAUAGGCUUGAACCGCUCAGAAUCUAUAUUUUCCUUUUCCCGAGCCUCUUUUAGCAGUCAACUAUAUCAGCUUACGUCUAUUAACCUACCCCAACCAGCCUCCCUCGAGUCGAGUAUCUCUUCGAUUAUCAACGCCCCCACCGCAGUGCGAGCACUCAUUGGCGCGGCCGAGCAGAUCCAGAAAUGGAUGAACAAAGCAUCAGAAGUACUGAAUGGGAUGGAAGCCGAGGACGACGUCGAAUGGGCCGCCGCGGGCGGACGAGAAGGCCUCGACGACGUGGACAAGGCCGUAGCCACCUUUGAGAGUUUGGUUGACGUAUAUGUCAAGGCCAUUGAGAAUGUCCAGCUGCGCGACGAUAUCGACGACGUGCGCAAGGAUGAUCUGACGCUGAUCGUGUCGCAGAUGGAUGUCACAUUAAAGAACUGGGCGAACAUACGGAAACUGCUCAGGGGGGUCAAGGAACAGGUUGAGCUGGCCAUGGAGUGGGAAGAGCUAUGGAACAUUGUGUUGGGUGACGUUGGCAUGGAAAUCGAUAACCUGAGCCGGCUCAUUUUCGAAAUGGAGGAAGGCCGACACAAGUCCCUCGCAGCCGACCCAGAGACGGAGCAAGGCAACAAUGGGCUGGACAUUAACGAACUAGAAACCAUUGUCGAGGAAUCCCCGUCCCACGGUACUCCGGCAUCAUCGACAAAACGCCUUAGUCUCGCCCUGUUCCCAAUGCCGGCCGCGGGCGCCGAUGCGGCUCGGAGCAGCAAUCCCCAGGACGAUGCGAACCUGAUGCAACUGUUUGCGCGCAUGCAACCGCUACGCGCAUCGCUGGAUUUCCUGCCGAUGAGGCUGUCCAUGUUCCAAGCGCGCGCAGAAAGGCUAUUCCCGACGGCGUGCGAUGAGCUCGAAGACCGGCGCAAACGGCUAGAAACAACAUACAAGAAACUCGAGGGCGAUGCCGAGGCCCUGCGGCGCGAGCUCGGCGAGGACCGCUGGAUUCUGGUCUUUCGCAAUGCAGGCAAACAGGCGCAAAAGAUGAGCGAGUCGGUGGAACGCAGCAUCGGCAAGCUACAGGAGUCGCUGGAGGCUGGUGAUCCGGUCAACAACCCGAUGGCCAUCACCAAGAAGAUUGAGAGCUACGAGGCGAAGAAGAUCCACUAUCUGCCGGCCAUUGGCCGAGUCAUGUCGAUUAUUCAAAAGGGUGUCAAUGACCGGCUCACGGUGAACGGCGAGAUCCUGACGCUGCUCUCGGACAUGAACCAGCGUGUUGAUGCUCUCAAGGCGAGCAUGAAAGUGAUGGACUCGCUGCUUGAGGAAACUCCCAUACCCAAAAGCAGCCAGCAGCUGCGCGACUCGAUAUCGAGCGUUGUCACCGACAGUCCGGCCAACACCAGCCUCAUUGGCACGCCCGGCAGCUCGCCGGCCUCGUCUAUCAUCCUGACUGGGAACAAUAACAACACACUCCGCACGCCCAACCCCGGUGGCUCUAGUCGCCGCGGCAGUUCGGUGGGCAGCACGUCGCGGUCUGUGACCAAUUCGCGGCGUCUCUCUAGCAUUCCAACCCCGAGCCACCAGCAACGAAAAUCCUCUGGUCCCUUGUCCUUCCACUCGCCCACCUCUUCUACUCUAACCCCCAGCCCCAUCCCACGCGUAUCCCGUCAAUCCGUGACGCCAGUACCACAAUCGAACAAACCGCGCUGGAACACCAGCACCAACACGACCGAUCUUGAAACAGGCCAUAACUAUAGAUCACUCGGAACCACCUCGCCAUCUCCGUACGGCAAAUCCACAUAUUCCCGAAACUCGCGGUCUGUUUCCUCGUCGCUGCCCAUCCCAAGCCCGCUGAGCCGUGCCACUUCAUCAUCUCCUGGCCCUGGCCAUAUGCGCAGCGCGAGUCGCGUUGGCAGCAGUCGCGCUGGAUUUCGUCCUGGCAGUCGCCUCGGCGCUACAUCCCCGACAUCCCCGAGUUUAAAAGCUCGCGGAGGAGGAGUAAUAGGAGGAGCAGGUUCCGUGCUUGACCCACCUCCAUAUAGCAAACUCCGCAAGUCCAAUGCCACAAACCGCCAGAGCUACUCGGGCCAGUCGUCCGCGCGUGCUCACGAGGAAGACGCCAGCAGAAGCGAACGGCCAGGUACUGCUCUGGGCCAUUCGAAUAACAACAACCGGCGCAUCAGUCUUUUGCCGCAAUUGCGAAACAGCAGCACCAACAACAACUACAACUACAACAAAAGCGGCCGUGAGAGUGCGACGGGCAGUCGGACUUCUUCUAAGGUGGACGAUCGACCUCGGUGGAGAUGA